AUGCCACUGACGGCCAAUUCGCCACAAAAACGUUCUUGGCAACAAGCAUUUCCUGGUGGCCAUGAAAGUUCUAAUAAACUACAGAUUGCACCACCGUCUGUUUCUGCUGCUUUGCUCAUGUUUAAAAUUGGUCAAGGCCCUAACGCAGCUGCGGUUGCAGUCGCAGCAGCUGCCAUGAUCGCAUCGUCCCCUUAUCUACAACAUACUGCACAAUUGUAUACCAUUUAA